AUGGGUAGAAGGCAGCGUAAUAAACAAGGUGUACCAUCAUUGAAUGAAUUUAUUAAAGAACAUAAAGAAACUCAGAAUAAAGAGAAAAUAUACAAUAAUAAACGUAAAUUUAAUGAUCAAAAAGAUGAGAAGUUUAUAUGGAAAAAGCAAAAAUCUAAAGCAUCAUCAGAGUAUGGGGAUGGUGGAACAAAAAAAAAAUUAUUACAAAAUAAAAAAACGAAAAACAAGCAGAAAAAGUAUUCAAAAAAUGAGUCAUCUGUUAGCGAUUUUACUAAUACUUGUAAUGAUUUUGAGAAUUUUUCACUUGAUUCCAAGGUUUCAAACUUAGAAGAAAUAGAGGAUUUUUCGAAUAGUGAUAAUAACGAAAAUUCUUAUCAGGAAACAGCAUUUAAUAAUUAUAAAAAUGAAGUAUCAGAUUCUUUAGUCACCCGGUCUGUAAAUAUGAUAAUAAAUACUGAGAAAGAACAAGUAUUAACAAAUGGAUCGGUUAAUGAAAAGCAUCAUAUUUUCCCUUUAAUAGAUGAUAAAAAUGAUGAAGCAAAAGAACAUCAUUCUAAUCCUCAAUUUUUACAAACUAGAAUUCAAGAAAUUGUUCAUAUUUUAAAUAAUUUUAAGGAUCUCAGAGAAGAAGAUAGAAGCAGGUCUGAAUAUGUAGAACAGCUUUUAGAAGAUAUAUGUAAAUAUUAUGGAUAUUCAAGAUUUUUAGCAGAAAAGCUUUUUAAUAUUUUUAAUGCUCAAGAGGCUAUUGAGUUUUUUGAAGCAAAUGAAGUUCCACGACCUGUUACUAUUCGGACCAAUACAUUAAAGACUACUAGGCGUGACCUUAUGAAUGCGUUGAUAAACAGAGGUAUGAAUUUAGAAGCUAUUGAAAAAUGGUCAAAAGUUGGUAUACAAAUAUUUGAAAGUCAAGUACCUAUAGGUGCAACACCCGAAUACCUUUCAGGAAAGUAUAUGAUUCAAGCAGCUUCAUCAUUUCUUCCUGUUAUGGCACUAUCUCCUCAGAUUAAUGAACGAAUUCUUGAUAUCUCAGCUGCUCCUGGAGGAAAAACAGCAUAUAUUGCUGCUCUUCAAAAAAAUACUGGAGUAAUAUUUGCCAAUGAUUCUUCAAAAGAUAGAAUAAAAAGUCUUGUGGCAAAUAUUCAUCGUCUGGGGAUUAAAAACACAAUAGUCUGUAAUCAUGAUGGAAGAGAGUUUCCGAAAGUUAUGGGAGGAUUUGAUAGAGUUUUAUUAGAUUCCCCAUGUAGUGGUACUGGUAUAAUUUCAAAGGAUCAAAGUAUAAAAACAAAAAAAACUGAAAAAGAUUUUGAUAUUCUUUCUCAUCUUCAACGCCAACUUAUUAUAUCUGCAAUUGAUUCAGUAGAUGCAAAUAGUAAAACAGGUGGUUACAUUGUUUAUUCUACGUGUUCUGUGACUAUUGAUGAAAAUGAAAUGGUAAUUGAUUAUGCUUUAAAAAAAAGACCAAAUAUAAAGCUAGUUGAUACCGGAUUAAGUUUUGGAAUAGAUGGUUUUACACGUUUUAGGGAUAAAAUAUUUAAUUCUAAAAUGAAUUUAUGUAAAAGAUAUUAUCCUCAUAUUCAUAAUUUAGAUGGAUUUUUUGUAGCUAAAUUAAAAAAAAUAAGUAAUAAAAUACCAGAACCAAAUAAAAGUAUAAUUAAUCAUGAUAAAAAAAUUGUACAAAAAUUGGACGAUAGUAUUGGAUUUGAUGAAUUUAAUGAAGAAGAUAAUAAAUUAAUAGAGCGAAGCAGAAUCAGGCUACUUAAAAAAAAAGGAAUUAACCCUAAAAGUAGAAAAAAUAGAUUAAAAUAA